AUGCGUUUCACCACUCUGUUCGUUGCUGCCGGCUUCGCCUUCUUCGCGAACGCCCAGACUACCACCAGCUCCGCCGAUGCCGCCCAGAACUCGCAACAGGCUGCUAUGAUCAAGUGUAUCGAGGCCUGCCCGGCCGGCGAUGUUGUCUGCACCUCCAAGUGCAUCACUGUCCCUAGCCCCAACGAGUCUCAGGCGAACGCUACCACCGACUGCGUUGCCAAGUGCGAUCAGGGCUCCGGCUCUCCUGCGGACACUCAGAAGUAUGCUCAAUGCGUCGACAAGUGUAUCAACGAUUACUUCUACGACCCCAAGGUUGGCACCCCUAGCGGCAAUGGCUCUGGCUCCGGCUCUGGCUCUGGCUCUGGCUCUGGCUCUGGCUCCGGCUCCGGCUCCGGCUCCAGCGGCUCCGGCUCGAGCGGGUCUAGCAACGGUGACGGCGAGGGCUCCAGCUCCGAUGGCGAGGCUACUGGUACCGCUACUGGCUCUGCCGCCUCGAGCACGCCCACCACCGAUGCCGCUGGUGCCAUGAAGGUCUCGGGUGCCCUUGCUGGCUUCGCUGGUCUCGUCGGUGCUCUUGCUGCUCUUUGA